GGGCGGAGCAGGAAGGAAACCGCUCCCGAGCACGGCGGCGGCGUCGUCCCUGGCAGUGCAGCUGCCGCUCCCACCGCCCCUCCGACUGCCUGCACGUCCCCUUCCUGCAACAUGAGCGGCCUGCGUGUCUACAGCACGUCGGUCACCGGCUCCCGAGAAAUCAAGUCCCAGCAGAGCGAGGUGACCCGCAUCCUGGACGGGAAGCGAAUCCAAUACCAGCUAGUGGACAUCUCCCAGGACAACGCCCUGCGGGAUGAGAUGCGAGCCUUGGCAGGCAACCCCAAAGCCACCCCACCCCAAAUUGUCAACGGGGACCAGUACUGUGGGGACUAUGAGCUCUUCGUGGAGGCUGUGGAACAGAACACACUGCAGGAGUUCCUGAAGCUGGCCUGAGUCAAGAGGGCCCGCAGUCCCACUGGACUCAGCACCACAUUCUCCCCAGACUUCACUGGCCUUGAAGGACCUUGUGACCAACUCCCUGUCAUUCCUAACCUUCUGACCUUAUAGUCCCUCCCCACUCAAACCCAGGCCCUUUCUCUUCCCUUUCUGUAGCCUCCCCUCCUCCAUUCACAGGCAACAUUCCUUACUAACUAGUCUCAGAAAUUGUCUUUAGCGAAGCCCCAAUGCUGGCUAUCCCCAGCCAGGCCUUGGGGCUGCCUCCCUGCCUGGCACCAGCUGAUGAGCACUUCUUCUGUUGGUUCAAUCAGCCAGAGCUUUGCCAAAGGCCCCGCAGACCCCCCUCUUGGGAGCAUCCUAGAGACAAUUAAAUGCCCAUUCCACUGGUA